AUGUCUACUAACCCAGUAAACGCUAUGUUUGAAGAAUUUAAUAACGUGACAAACGCGAUAAACGCGACGUCCAAAGCCUUCGUAGAGUCAGUUAUGAGCACGACGAUGAUAAACGACAGGCCGCUGGGGGACAGCGACGCAGUAUCGCCGGUAACGUUGAGCAUGGAAUGGAGCAGGGUGGCCAGGCUGUUGAUCAUGAUUGGCCUGUCCGUCAUCGGCAGCAUCGGUAACGUGUACAUGAUCAGCUCGGUAAUGAUCGAGGACCAUCUCAACAAAAGGGGCAACACUUUCGUGGCGAACGUGGCGCUGGCCGACCUGUUGAUCAGCGGCCUUGUCAUUCCGGCAUCCGCAGUGGUCAUCCUGUCCGGUCUACAGGAUUCUCCGCCGGUGUGCCAGUUCCAGUGGUUCCUGUCGAUCCUAUGCUGCUUGGUAACCGUGCUUACCAUGGCCGCGGUAGCAGCCGAGAACUAUAUACGACUCUGCCUGACGCCCGAAUGCUACGCCAAACUUACCGUCACGAAAAUCACUACGCUUCUGUUCGCCAUUUGGAUCAUCAGCUCGAUCCUGGUUACGUUACAGUCCGUCUACAACAUGGGACCAGAUUACUGCAAUAAAAAGAUAAGCAAAAUCGUUCCAACACAGGCGCUGACGGCCGGUGCCAUUGUGCUGGGGCCGCUACUCAUCACGGCUGGGCUGUACAUGCGCAUCACAUACCAGGUGCAUGUGGCCCGGCUGAACCCGAGCUUCAAGCCACCGCUAGCGUUCAACUGGGACUACUCGCUGAUGCUGGCCAACGCGUACAGCUUCGUCAUGUUCGUCGUGUUCUGGGCACCGUUCGCAGUCGUCCUGGCGCUGGCCACCGUCCAGCGGCUGCAUUCCGCCCAGGUGUUCUACAACCUCGCGUGGCUGGCACUCAGCAAGUCCUGCUUCAACAACCUGGUGUACUGCGCCGGCAACCGGCACUUCCGCAACGCGUACGUCAACCUGUUCCACUACUGCUGCUGCAAGACGACGGUGACGUUCUCGCGACGGGCCCGCGACGGCGCCACCCGACCGUCCGGCGACGUUCGCGUCCACAUCAUACCCGGCUACAACAUGUACUCGUACACCAGCCCCACCAGGUCACGGGAGUCGGGGUCGUGUCCGCUGCAGGGCCGGCCGCGGGCCAGGGCCAACGGUGGCGGCGGCGGUCUCGGCUGCGGCGGCGGUGGUGGCGGCGGUGGCGGCGGCGGUGGUCGCGACGUGUACGAGUUGUAA